ACGCAAAGUAGUAUAGGGAAGCUCCUUCCAAUGAUAGUCUCAACCAACACGCUGUCGACUUUGUCACUCGAUAUUAUCUACGAGAUACUUAGCCACCUGAGACCUGAUGACCUACUUCACGUAUCUCGGGUCUCCAAAUCCUUUCAUCAACUACUCACGUCUCGUCGAACUGCCUGGAUCUGGAGAAUGACCUGGUCCAACGUUGGCGAUGAUAUAGCACCACCUCUCCCUGAAGACAUAUCUGAGGUACUAGCCUGGACGGUACUAAUCUUUGGUGGUACUGGCUGUCAAAUGUGUGGCUCAGAAGAUACUCAGGAAAUCGAUUGGGCUCUUCGUAUCCGGGCCUGUUCGCCAUGCACUAUCAAAAGUGUCACGUUCUCGGUGCCCAAGUCCAUCAUCGGAGUUAGGAAAUUUAUGCCACUCCUUCAAGUCCUUCCCAGAUCCAUGUUUUAUCCUAGGCAUUACCGAUCAAUGACAUGGCCUAAUAUGGUGUCGCCAUAUUUCCUGAAAAAUGAUGCGGCCAGACUUGCGGAAGAGGUAGAUGCUGUGGCUGUUGGUCUUGAAUCAGAGGAGUCGUCAGCCAAAAUCGAAGAGCUCAGGGAAGUAAAGGCUCUGGCAUAUGACAAGGUGCUGAAGCAUGCCAAGUCCUGCGUCGACUGGGCUGAGCGCGUGGUAAAAGAGCGAGAGAGAGUGGAUGAAAGGCGGAGGGCGGAGAAACGUCGACAUAUCACGGAACGUCUUCAUUCUUUGGGAUAUACUCACGAGGAGACUUCCUACAGUACAAUUUGGAACGAGCCGGAGUUAACGAGCAAAGUCCCCUGGUCUGACGAUUUAUGGACAACUAUCGAACCCAAAUUUGUGGCAAUACUUGAGGCUGAGAAAGCGCGCCAUAUUCAAUAUGAGCGUCGUUUCCGCGAAGAACUCAUGGAGGGUCAAUAUCGGAGUCUUCUACUCGACAAGCCGCCUCUCUCCCUUGCCCUCUAUCCUCAACCUCACGAGCUUCUAGAGAUAUCUUCUGAUCUUACUUCACUUUGCGAUAAUCCCCUCGUCGCCGAAGCAGGCUUCUUCGCCCCAUUCAGGAACGUGAUCCUCCAGAUGUUUACGACGAGCAUCGAGCAGUGGGCCACUGAGCGCAAGAGCAGAAUCAUGUCGACUCUCAUACCUCCGUCUUCUUCCGGCUCGCUUCCCAACGCUUGCGGGACGUUCGAUGUCCCCUUCGAACUCACCCUCGCAAAGAACGUGUACACAGCUGAGGCGAAACCAGAGACCCCUCUGUUUGGUGCUGAAAUCUUCGCCUACCGUCAUGAUGAUCAUGAGCUAGACAAAUCAUUUUCAAGCUCCCCAUCCUCGGCGCUGAACAUUCCAAGGUUGAACAAGGCCGCUCAGCGUACUGUUCUUGCGUUGUUAGAAUUGUGCGGAUUGGAUGGAGCGACGACGACCACGCAGGAAUUAGAUCAUCGGCAUGACUUGUUUGUGUGUGAGGCCUGUCAUUUACAAGCUGCGAAGCUACAGACAGAGGAACCAGAAGGGUCGACUGUUCUCCUAGACCUUACUUUCACGGGGCGGCGCGCAAAGAUGAACUGGAGGGAGGCUUUGAGCCAUCAGUUGAAACUCCCUGAGCACGACGUCCCUCGAUUCACGCGGAGCACAGACGAGAUGAACAAAGGGCCAAGCGUUGUUGAAGUGAUGGUCGACUUCCGAUCGUGGACACAAGGAAGCUAUAUAUGGGGGUGCGGACAUUGUGCUGUCCAUCUUCAAGUUGAGGUACACAGCGGUUCUCAGAGGUGGAUGGAACGAGACCCGGUUAUUCAGCAUCUGAGAGAUAGCCAUGAUUUGGGCACACGCGAGCCUGUAGAAGGAUUGGACAUCUAUUAUAAUCCCUCGUUCCCGAUGGCGGAGAUGAUUAUGCGACUUUGAUGAGGCUGAGAGUGUUGAGCUCUCUUACAAUAAAUGUAUGGACGUCGAUGCGAAGUAAUAUGCC